UCGAUACUCAGCUAUCGAUGAGUUAGUUCCCUCAGCUGGUUUUUGUUUUGGUUUCUGUUCCUGUAAUCUUUGAAAAAUAACUUCAGCUAAGUAGAAAUCCUUUUCGAGUCCAAAGUACCUAUAUUAUGAGUAGUAUUGUGGAUGAACCAGAAAGUGUGGGUUCUGCUGGACAACCCCAGAGAAUGGCAGAAUAUACCGAUCAGCUUAGAAGCUGGUUAGGUGAAGCAUAUCAAUGGCAGGCGUUGCAAUGCAUUCCCUAUUCAAUGCCCUCACUAUUUAUUCAAAGUCGGUAUCGACCAUUACCUAGCCCAGAAGUUCCGGUCACACCAGAACCACAGGUGCCAAACCACCAACAGAGACAACAGUCUAAUGUCCCAGGUUCCAUCCCAACGGAAGCACAAGUUGAAGGGAGAGUUUUUGAAGUUCCUAAGCUUUCCAAACGCUUGUUGGCUGAAGUUAUUGAUUUUGGUUUGCUGUUUUUCAUCAAAGCAUUUUUGACAUUAACUGUCCUUGAUGCUUGGAACAUGGAAGAUUCAACUUUUUUUCACACUGAAACUGACCUAACAGAAGAAGCUGAUUAUGAAAUGGCUAUGGCAAUCACGGCAAAUUUAUUGACUAUCGAAUUGAUCCAUCGUUUGAUGGUAGUUUUUUAUGAGGUUUGUUUUACUCUACAAGGUGGUACUCCAGGAAAACGAACAAUGGGAAUUAGUAUAAUCUCCUGCACCAAGUGCGUCCCUGUUGGAGAAAGUCGAGUACUUGUGCAACCUGCGACGGGCGUCACGUUUUGGAGAUCUCUGGGUCGAGCAUUCCUAAAGAAUAUGGGGACAGCUAUUCUGUUUCCAACUUUUCUCCCACUAAUGGUUGUGCAACACAAUCGCACGCUUUAUGAUAUUCUCUGUGGUACGAUCGUUGUUGAAACUGAAUGACUUGAAUUGUGCUGCAUGUAUUUGGUUUAUUCCAAUUAAGUCAGAGAUGUUUCAUCUCCGCCUAACACUGGACAAUUCACUAUUUCCGUUUCACAUUUCAUCACUGUUUAAGUUUUAUUUCUGUUUGUAUUAAGCAUUUCGAUGUCGACCAAAUGUUUCCCGUGUUUACUGAAGAUUUACUGAACAUUUUAAAUUUACCGUUAAUAUGGGAUGCCUGUGAAUUGUUAAACGUUAUACAUCAAAUAACGUUCAGUUAUUUUGAAUCCUGUAAUAGUAGAUGGUUUUAGUAGCGUUCUCCAUUGAUUAUUUAAUGGAAGUGGAACGUUGGCAAAGUUAGCAUAACGUGCAGUAGGAAAACAAAAAUGUUAUUUUGAUAUCAAGUUCGAUUUUACCCUUUCCUUAACCGCGAAUCAUCCGGGUCCACAUUUUAAUUGGUUUUGUACGGCUUAUUCUUUGGCGGCUGGCGAUUUUUUUCUCCAUCGUGCAAUCAAACAAAAUAAUACCGUGGCGAUAAGGUAAUUCCUAUUUCUUAUCGCUUCGAGUGAAUUUCAGUACAUGCUCCUUGGAUUCCUGGUUUUCAUCUUAAAAGAAUCGAUGUAUGCUUUUCCCUGGUAUUUAAAAAAUUUUAAUAUCUUUGUGAUAGUAGUUAUGGUACACAUAUAUUUUGACCUCAAAUUCUU